AUACUGUGAAAUAACAUGAUUUCGAGUAGUUAAAUUUAUUAACUAAAUUAUAUAUGAUACCAACAAAGUAUAAUAUGAGAUUAGCUAAUAAAAUAAAUUAUAUGUAUCAUGAUAUACAAAAUGAAGUACCAAAUAAAAGUUAUGAUUUUAAUAAACAAGCUAGCUCGAACUCGACUCGACUCGUUAAUAAACGAGUUGAGCUCGAACUCGACUCGUUUAUUAAUGAGCCGAGCUUAAACUGGAGUAAAACUCGACUCGACUUGGCUCAUUUGCAGCCCUAGUUGUGGCGGCCCUUGCUUCAAUUUCAACUGGUAUCUGCAAUUGCUGCUUUGACAUUUGUCCCCCGGCCUACUAUUUUGAUUCGGCCUGACCAGAGAGACAUGUAAUACAUAUGGCUUCGUCGACAGAUGGGAAUCUUAAUUAUAUUUGCAGUGCAAGAUCGGUCCCGACGAUUGGAUCCCUUUCAGAAUUUAUCCAGAAGAAAUGCUCUGCCUGCCUUGCACUCUUUCGAAACCAAGCAAAACAGAAAAAAGGUGACCAUCAUGAUCAUGGAGUUUUGGAAUUUGGAUGUAAUGGUGGGGCAAAUUGUAGAGGAAGAUCGUAUAUGUAUGGAAGUGGAGAAAAGAAGCAGCGAGGAAGGAGGAAUCAUAGUUUAACUUUUUUACAUAUACAUAUAAAAAAAAUGAGUCAUAUAUUAGCGUUGCGUGUUUAGCGACUUGCUUCUCAGGCGACAUCUAAGCGUGUCCAGGCGCUGCAAACAAAAAUAGCAGCUUGUACUAAAUGACGAAUGCGAUGGCGGUUUACGAUACUUUUGUAUUUCAGUUCGAUUGAUUAAAACUUACUAACACGUAACAAAAAGAAAGCUAACUUAUUAGUUCAUAGGAUUGUAGUUUAAUAGGUGAGAUACUAUCCCAUUAAAAGAGUAGUGCAAGGAAGUGGUUAAUAGGUGAGAUGGUUCUUAAACAAUCGAAAAGAUUAAGAGAGUGCACGAAAGUGGUUAAUAUCAAUAUACAUAGACAUCUAUUAAUAAUAACACGAGUUAUUGAGACGUGUUAGUUAAUUACAACAUGCAUGGUAUCAGAGUUGCUUAUAUAUAUAGCUCCACUUCCUCUCCCCCGUUUCCACACAAACCAUUCAAUUCAUUAACAAGUUCACUGUUUACAUACACAUACAUCCACUGUUCCAGUUAAGCAAUAACUAGUUAAGCAUCAUUCAAGUUGGAUACUAACAAAAUGCAGUAAAAUUUAUUCAAGAUCGUAUCCGGUAUAAGAAAGUUAUAACGAUUACAUUUAAGAGAGGAUAGGAAAGUAAAGAAAUUGUAGCGAGAUAACAAAACUUAGAACACAUCAUCACUGGAUCACAAUUGACACUACUAUAUCACGAUAUUGUUGGAUUACAAGUUUAUUAAAAUACUACUACCAUUGUCCGAAUCAAACUCGUCAAUAAAUAUCAACAGUGGCAAAAAAAAAUCUACUUGACGACCAUAAUUCAAGGAUCGUGAAUCAAAUUUCAAGGAAAACCUGAUGCAUUUUUUUCCUUCUGUUGCAGUGCAAUGCAGGCUUUUAAGUUUACAGGCUGAACUGAUCUGGGCUUUCUGCUUAAUUGCAUUAGAACCAGUAGAAAGUCUGGCGAAUGGGCCUGAUGGAAAGCACCACAAGCCCAAGACCAUACCUUUUUUUUUAUACCUCUUUAAUUCAUAUAUUGAAAAAUAUGUGGAAGAAGAUUGCAUUCGUAGGAGUAAAGAAUAGGAAAGUGUGGGGAUCGUAUAGAUUUCCGAUCGGUAACACGUGUGCGUGGAAAAGAGAGGAAUAUUAAAAAAAAAAUGGGCAAAAAAUCUAUGGGCCCAAUUACCGAAACAAAACCCAAAAGAGGUCCCCGCCUGAGCUGAUCGACCCGGUCAGCUUUCUGGCCCACUUUCCCUCAUAACGCAAUCAAUGCCCACCUGUCAACCCCAAACAAAUGGGCUCCACCACCAAACGCCCAUCCCACCCACGGCCCGCCCGCUGUAAUUUCUUUUCACCACCAAACGCAGAUUACUUAACCACGCUAGGGUGAUAAAUACUCCGUUUAAUACACAUAUACAUAUCUCCGGACCUACUUUAUUCAUUUAAAACUUUCAUUUCUAUAUUAUUAUCAAGCCGUUUCAUUUUCCCCAUUCAUUUGCUGGCUUCCGUACUUAACACGUAUAAAAAUCAUAUAACACGUUUAUUAUUCGUAUUUUACGAAUUAAAUUGUUAACUUUAAUAUUAUUUUUAUUUAUUUUUAAAAAUAUUAUUUUAUAUAUUAAUGAAUUUUUUUUCCAAGAUAAGCCCCCAAGGCAUGGCCGGACAACAACAAUAAAAAAAACUACAAUAAUGAACGGUAGUCCGUAUACAACCGGACUCCUGAUGAAAGAGCCUGUUAUGCCACGAGGUGGGCAGCUCUGUGAACGCUCCGAAGAGCAAAAAGACACGAAACUGACACAGAGUGAGAGAAGAGAGAAAGAGAAACUUCCUUCGUAAUGGAGUCUUCCUCUCUAAAGCAUCUCCAAUCAUCAGUUGAUAAUUUCCUCAUAAGAAAAGGACAAGAUAUAAUGAGUGAGUCAUCAUCUAAUAGGCAUCACUAAUAACAUGUAUUAUUUUACUUUAGCUUACUAUUAAACGUAACUUUAGCUUAGAGACAAAAUAUAAUACCCGUACGUAUUUUUUACGUAACUUUCUCGUACCGUAUUCUACUAACUAUGGGUGUUAGUACAACAUCCUAAUUCCUAUCUUUGUUAAAUAGUAUAAUAGACACCUUGUUGGUAACAAAGAGAAUUAUAAACAAAAAAAAUAUGGAUAUAUACUUCCAAAACACAUUCAUUUGGAGAAAACGGUUGAUCGCUUUCGUAAAGAAAAAUACUAUUGAUCACUUAUUCUACAAAGUCGUCUGAAUUUCAUGGAAAAGUCAUGCCUCAACAGGAUCGUUUGGCUUUAUGUUAUAACAUAUUGAGGUCCAUCGGAGAGCUAAAUAGUGGGGGCGUUCCAUUGAAGAGGCCAAACUCUUGGUAUUCGUGUCGACCGAUGUGAAGACGAGGUGCACACAGUAACAUGAGUUUUCUAUAUCGAUCGACCACCUCCUCACGCAGAUGAUCGCUUUCAAGUGAAGACGCUAACCAACAUGUUUUGGUGCUUGUUCCGUUCGACCGUGAUAUUGUGCAGAUCAACUAGGUCUGACAAAAAUAAUGUCCAGCAGUUGAAAUCUCACAAAGCACAGUUGUACGAAAACAAAUAGUAUACACUGCUCAAUCCGCACCCCCAAAACGCACUUCACAUUUCACAAUAGUCCACAAAUAGCUCAAAACCAAAAUCAUAACAGAAAAAACUCAAUCCACGAAACUUAGUAAAAUCCAUAAUGACAUACAUGGACUCUCUUAAUCUCUCUCCUCUCGAUCAUCUCCUUCUUACAUAAUGUAUCUGAUGUUAGAAUGUUGCAAUAAAAUUAGUGUGUCAUUUGAUCUACCAAUUGUCAGAAGGGAUAGACAAUUUCUCAAAAUCACAAUAACAAAAUUCUUUAAAUGUAAAUUAAAUAAGUAGUUAAUGAAAACUCCACAUUCAUUUAAUUCUCCAUUUUGUUAUAUAUAAACUUCAAGGCGAUCUUUGGAAAUUUACCUUCGGUUUUUAGGAUUUUACUAGAUAGGUUCGGAAACAAAAUCAAACAAAAGAUUGCCACCAGCAAGAAGUUAAAAGAACAUACAACAUUGCCUGGAACUGAAACCAAAGUAGCAAGUUCACAGCUCCAUCUUUCUUCUGCAUUUUCCCCCAACGGUCACCUUCACCAUUUUCAGCACAGAGAUACACAUCACAAAGCUCUGUGCAAGGAAGCAUUAAACAAAAAUGCCAGACCAACCAACCAUCCAUCACAUGUUUCCUUCUCAAAACCACAUAAUAUAUUAUCAAAACACUAUUCAAUAAAAUAGAAAAGAAUAACACUUUCCCCAGCAGCUGCAGUAACUUCCCAUUCCAGCUUUUCCAUUUUUUGUUUUUUGUUUUUUUGUUUGCUUCCCCAUAAAUCGUUUUUGGGCUUUGGAAGCGAAAAGUCGCCAUAGCCAGAAUCAGCUCAGAGAUCCCAACACAACCCAGAAAGCUGAAACCCCAAUGAAGAAUCACAUUAUCACUACCAUUUGAGAGAUGUGGACUCCAUAACCCAGCUGGCCAGCUUAUCAUUUUUCCUCUCUCUUAUCACAUUUCCCCUGUCUUCAUCGCCAUUGGCGGUAGUGAAGUUACUUACUGCGGCGCUUUGCUCGUCCUUUUCCUUCGCCUUUUACUCAUUUUCCCAGGAAAAAGGGGUCUAGUCCUUUCUUUUCUCCCCCCCUCCCUUUGUCCUUGUUCUCUGCUACUGCUAUUUUCUCCGCAACCAAACAAGUUGAUGAAAAUGGGGAGAAGGGUCGGUGUCUGAUUUUUGUUUCCGGUCUUCUGUCAGUUAAAUUUGUGUCCCGUGAAAGCUUCCCAUUGCCUCUGUUGAGCUAAAAACCAUGGUGGUUUCCUUUACAAUGAGCUAGGCUGCUGCAUCCAUUAGUCCUUUGAGAUUUCUCCUUAGGGUUCUGUUCUGUUUUGAGAGAUUUGUCUAAUCUAGUAGAGUUUUUACCUCGAAGAUGUUUGGCUUCUCCAAGAAACGUAUGAAGCUUGGCAGGGUGAAGAAGGUACAGCUAUCUGAUUCUAUCUCUACGCCAGGAGCUAGAAGCCCCAUUAGACCUCCAAAAAGAGCUCCAAACCCUCCUGUUCAUAAUGAUGGGGGUGGUGCGGCCACAACAAGCCAUUGUGAUGAUCAGCUUGACUGUGAAUGCCAAAAGUCAGCUCGCCCAGCUGCUGAUAUUGGCAGCUCAACUUCAGGGAACUCUGAGAAUUGGAUGGUUCUGUCUAUUGCUGGAGACAAACCAGCUCCUAGGUUCAAUCAUGCAGCAACUGUAAUUGGCAACAAAAUGAUAGUGGUUGGUGGUGAAUCUGGAAGUGGUUUGUUGGAUGAUGUCCAGGUGCUUAAUUUUGACCAGUUUACAUGGACCACCGUUACAUCCAAGCUUUACCUUUCACCAAGCAGCCUGCCAUUGAAGAUCCCUGCAUGCAAAGGCCACUGUUUGGUUUCUUGGGGUAAAAAGGCACUUCUAAUUGGAGGGAAAACUGAUUCUCCAAGUGAGAGAAUUUCAGUGUGGGCAUUUGAUACAGGAAGUGAAUGUUGGUCUCUUAUGGAAGCCAAAGGCGAUAUACCGAUAGCUCGCAGCGGUCACACUGUGGUCAGAUCGAGCUCCGUACUAAUCCUAUUCGGUGGUGAAGAUUCCAAGAAGAGAAAACUGAAUGAUCUACACAUGUUUGAUCUCAAGUCUCUUACAUGGCUUCCUUUGCACUGCACGGGAACAGGACCUUCCGCUAGAUCGAACCAUGUAGCUGCUCUUUGUGAUGAUAAGACCCUUCUCAUCUUUGGAGGGGCAUCAAAGUCGCGUACCUUGAACGAUUUGUAUUCUCUCGACUUCGAAUCGAUGGUAUGGUCGAGGAUAAAGAUUAAGGGUUUCCAUCCAUCGCCUAGAGCUGGUUGCUGUGGAGUUCUUUCUGGAACCAAGUGGUACAUAGCUGGUGGAGGAAGCAGAAAAAAAAGACACUCAGAGACCUUGAUUUUUGAUGUUCUGAAAGUAGAAUGGUCUGUUGCCUUUGCAUCACCAUCUUCUUCUAUCACAACCAAUAAGGGAUUCAGCCUAGUGCUUGUGCAACAUAAAGAGAAAGAUUUCCUAGUUGCGUUUGGAGGAUCCAGAAAGGAGCCUUCAAAUCAGGUUGAAGUAAUGGGUUUGGACAAGCAUGAAUCAUCAAUGUCUCGGAGGUCUGGUAAAGGUCCUCUUGGGGACUCUCAGCGUUCAGUUGACUCUGUUGCUAGACAGAACUUGGCUUCUGCAAUCGAGCAGCAUGGUUCUGGUAGAAAAUCUGUGUCGGAGUCUGCAAUCAUGGAUUCAGGUUGUGCCUCUGGAAAUGUCUCCCUCAGAAAGCAAUUUCACGAGGAAGAACACAACAGAGUUGUCAAGAUGGUUAAGAGCUCAGAUGAAGGAAAUGUGACAUCUCCGGGGAAAGAACAGCAGAUGAAUCAACCCAUCACUUCCGUUCAGACUUAUAACCAGCUGGGCAAAAUCAUCAGUGAGGAUAAAUCUUGUGUCUAUGGUAGUUCAUCUGACCUUAGAGUUGACACUGAGCGAGUGGCAGUUCCAGAGACUACUGACUUCCCUUCCGGAGGGCCGCACUCGAGUGUCUAUCAACUGUACGAAUCCAAAAUAGCUACUUUAAUAAAGAAGAAUGGAGUACUAGAAGGACAACUCGCGGCAGCAUUGGCAGGUCAAGAGGUGGCUGAGAAGGGUUUCUCUGCGGUCGUGAAGAGCAAGCAAGAUGCGGAGAAGAAGUUGGCGGAUGCUUUAAGGGAAGUGGAGUUGCUGAAGGAGAAGAUGACUAGUUUGGAGAUGGCCCAUGAAGAGGCCAACAGCAUGUCGAAUAUCGUCCAUUCGGACAACGUGAGGCUUGAACACGACGUGGCUUUCCUCAAGGCUGUUUUCGAUGAUACCCAGAAGGAGCUGCAUUCGACUAGGGGAGUACUAGCUGCGGAAAGGGCAAGAGCGUUUCAGCUUCAGGUAGAGGUGUUUCAUCUGAAGCAAAGGUUGCAGUCUUUGGAGAACCGAGCUCCGACUCCUAGGAAACCUUACCAUGUUUAGAAGGCAGAGGAAACAGUAGCUUUUUGUAACUUGAUUCUGUAUAUAGGGGUACUAAAAAAACCUUAAUUCA